AAAAAAAUAUUUCUAUGUUCGUUAUCAAUCUUCUUUCAGCAUAUUAUAUAUCAUCAUUAGAAGGUUAUUCACGAAAUCAAACUGCACCUAUGUCACCACGAAGUUAUAGUGCUUAUAGCAAUGCUUAUGGACCAUCGGCAUCAUCGUAUGGUGUUCCAUCACCUGGUUUUCUAAAUGGAAUGACUAAUUUAAUGUCAUCAGCAUUUAGUACUAUUGGUCCAUUUGGUACCUUAAGUUCUGCAUCAUCAGCACUUACUUCAUCACAAACAGUUACACCUUAUGGACAAACUCCAAUUAAUAAAUAA